UAGAACAGACUGUAGCCUCGAAGUGGCAUUUAAUAAAUAUGGCGACGACGUACGACAACGUGCAGGUUGCUGUCCUCACAGAACAAGAGGAUUUCAAGCCGGUCGUGAAUACCAAAUGUCGAUUAGAUGUCUCAUUACAGAACGAAAGUGUUUUAUUAACUUUUCACAGUGAUGACAAAGAAUGCCAUAAAAUAGUUGUCAAUAAUGAUACAGAGUUUUCGAGGCUGGGGAAACAAGGUGUUGUCUUUACUGAGGAUCAGAAGAGUUCCCUGGUCAAAUUCAACAGUGUACACACAAUGAAAACAUUUCAAUUCAGAUUGAAGGAAAUCAAAUCUGGCCUUAAAUCAACAUUCUCUGAGAGAACAGAUGAAGCAUCUGCAGUGCAAUACUUUCAGUUUUAUGGCUACUUAUCCCAGCAACAGAACAUGAUGCAGGACUACAUAAGAACUUCAUCAUACCAACGGGCAAUACUGGCAAACCUAAUAGACUUCCACGAUAAGGUUGUUUUAGAUGUGGGAGCUGGCUCAGGUAUCCUGUCCUUCUUUGCCAUCCAAGCAGGUGCUAGGAAAGUGUAUGCAAUAGAAGCCAGCAGCAUGGCUAAACAUUGUGAGAUGCUUGUUCAACAAAACAAACUCGCUGACAAGAUAAUAGUCAUACCAGGCAAGGUAGAGGAGGUGGAGAUCCCAGAGGAAGUCGACACCAUCAUAUCUGAGCCCAUGGGCUACAUGCUCUUCAAUGAGCGCAUGCUGGAAAGCUUCUUACAUGCAAAAAAGUGGCUUCGACCAGGAGGUAAAAUGUUUCCAUCACAAGGAGAUCUACACAUAGCACCAUUCACAGAUGAAGCCCUUUACAUGGAACAGUUUUCAAAAGCUAAUUUCUGGUAUCAGCAGUCUUUUCAUGGAAUAGACCUGACAAGUUUACGAAGUGCAGCUGUUUCAGAGUAUUUCAAACAACCUAUCGUGGAUACAUUUGAUGUCAAUAUUUGUCUUGCAAAAUCCAACAAAUACACAGUUGACUUCCAGACAGCAGAUGAAACUGAUUUACAUGUGAUUGAGAUACCAUUGACGUUUAGCAUGCUUGAAUCAGGUCUCAUACAUGGUCUAGCCUUCUGGUUUGAUGUUGCUUUUCUGGGAACAAAUGAUUCCAUAUGGCUGUCUACAGCACCAACAGAGACACUUACCCACUGGUACCAGGUAAGGUGCCUCGUGGAAACUCCUGUGCUUGUCAAACGGGGGCAGACAGUCACUGGCAAAUGUGUUCUACGCUGUAACAAGAGACAAAGUUAUGAUGUUGAUAUCGAGGUAAAUAUCCCAGGAACAGGAUCGAAAUCCACAAAUACACUGGACUUGAAGAAUCCAUUCUUCAGAUACACAGGUCAAACUCCACAGCCUCCGCCUGGCCAACACACAACGUCUCCCUCAGAUAACUACUGGAACAGUCUGGCUACAGGUUCCACAAUGUACAUGAACGGACUGAUAAAUGGUAUUGACCCAAACAUGUUGCAGCAACAGGGAGUUGUACAGACAAACCUGAUCCCUGUCUCUAAUGUCGCACCAAUAAACCCAGGCAGUAUCCCCAGUGUUCUAAAUUUGGUGACGAACAACACCCACCAUGCAAACCGAACAUCUGUCGGAGGAGGAAUAAGUCCUGUUAACUUCACGAUGAAUACACAGAACUCCAGACCACCAAUGACAUGCAACAAUUUGUGUAGUGCGACAGGAAAUAACAGCACAAAUACAAACAUGCGAGGGGAUAUGUACCCUGUCAGCAACCAGUUUAUGAUUGGGGACUACGUCAUGCCCGGAAAUGUUGUGGUACCAACUCAGCUAAGAAAGUCAGAAGCCGUGUGAACAACUGUUACCUUGACAACAACUCAUGACCUCAAAUAACUUGUCGUUGGAUCCACAUUUACUGCUAUACUUAAAACUCCUCCUCAUUGACCUUGACAUUCAGAAAGACAGCGGUACAGUUCGUAGUUGGUGUAUGAGGAAGAGUGUUGAUCUUCAAGCAUAUUUUCAGAGGUGUAACAUUGUUGGGUGUUUCUAGACAUUUGAAAGAAGCAUUUGGAAUAGACCUCCAAGAAAUCUGCUUUUCUACAGCUACAAGACUUGAAACAUUUUUAAGUAUAUUAAACUUGCUGGGAUAUUGAAUGUAAAUACAUUUUGUAUAUGAGUAAAGCAAUCCUUGUGACAUAGUCAUAAAAAUUGUACCUUGCAAUGGAAAGAUGUGCUGUCAGAGAAAAUGUCCCAGUAAGUAGUGACUUUACUGAUAUUAUCUACUAUGGCCUGGGUUAUAAUAUCAACUUGUGUUGUGCUGAAGGUUUCCUGCUCUACCCACACAUCACAAGUCGGGGGUUUGUUAUGGGCUCAUGAGGUAAAUGAGGGUGGGGGUGUAGAUAAUACAUGUUAACCUUGAACUUGUACCAGUGUGUUCUCUGUGUAUCAAAUUGAUACAAAAGCCCAUUUUCCAUCCUUUCUCUGUUGAAUGGUAAUUUUAUGAUAAAAAGAAGUACACUGAAAUCUGAUUUCCAAAUAUCGUUGGGAAACCUUAAGUAUCUCGAGUAUUACCUUGAUGACGUAAAAAGUUGUCCUUCUAUGGCAGUUUGAAUUUUUGGAGCAUCGUCAGUCUCCUCUUGAUGCAUUUUAUCUUAUUUAUAGAUAACAUCUUGUAGAGUCUAUCAUCAUAUACAUUAUACAUACAAGUUGUUUCAAGGCAGGACUACCAAAGUAAUGUGCUAUAUUACAAAUGAAGGAGAGAUGAAGCCGUCGUAUGGAGUCAUUCCUUCCUGUUUAUCUUACAUUCUUGGUUUUACAAGAAAGUUUCUGUAGGCCAUUUCAAUAUUAAGCCAAGGAUUGAACUGGUGAGUGUGUGCCUUGCCUUUUAACUUGCUGGAUUAUGCAUAGAUUACAAGCUGUGUGCAACAUUCGUUUGUAAUGCUGACUUGUAUGGGUACACAAAUAGGUAGAUUUGUAAUGAAAUUAAUAUUUUGAUGCAUUUAUAUAGUUUUGUGAAAAGACCUGUAGCUCUACAAGACAUGUAUAUAUAUGUAUGCUUAUUGAGGAAAUUCAACAAAAAGAGAAUUGAGGAUGGCAAAAUGAAAACAAAAUCUUCAGGUUUUCUUACAUUCAAAAUUCUUGGUGCUUAAUAGACAGGCAUCAGAUUAUUGCAGGACUGAUGGUUGAAUACGUGGUUAUUAUGUCUCCCCUUCAUAUCAAGGAAAACUUUGUAUUAGAACUGGUUCUUUUGGUGCUGGUUCUUCUAAUACUUUCUUGUCCGUGUCAUAACUUCUGAACAGUUUAAGACAUUUUGACAAAACUCUCAGUCUAUACUUGCAUCACUUAUAAAGACUUGCAUCACUUAAAGCUGAUGCGCAUUGCACUGCCAUUAUGUCAUUCAAGGUCAUUUCUUUUCCAGGUGAUAAUUUUUUAACUAUUGCAAGAUAUCUUGAUGUAAAAUUCUGUAUACCCUCUAUCACCCAGACAAAGUGUGAAAUAUGUCUUCGCCAUAACUUUUAAAUUAUUCAACACUUAAGAUUAUCUUGAUAAUAAUUAAUAACUGUAUAUGCACCACCCACAAGCAAUAUGCAGACUACUAUUAGGUGAAAGGUCAACUCAGUGCAAACAUAUUCAAUGCCUGGUAAAGAAGAAGGGGAGACAUAUGUCCACAAAAACAAAUCUAGUUAUACAUUUAUUGUACAUUGUAGAAGCAACACCGUAUUAACAUGGUAUGUAUGUAGUGUAUAAAUAUGUAUACAAAAUCUUGAAAAUUAUGACAAGCAUGUAUACCAAGGAAUGCAUGAAAAACAUUUUUUUACAAGAGGUAAUGGUUCAAUGUUUUUCAUUCAGAAGACAGCUUUUUUUCAGCGGAAAACAAAAUUGUCCAGGAUUACCUUAACAGUAAUCAAGUUCGAACAACCUGGAAUAUGUUACCAUGAUUUUUUUAAAGACAUUUCUUUGUUAAUAUGCAAGUGAAUUGUUCUGUAUGGAAAUGAUGAAGGAAAGUCAUUUCAGUUGAAUAUAUGUAUAGAAACUGUUGAUAUUUUUAUUUUACAUUAAACAUGAAAACCAGUUAACAAGUUUACUGGGCAGUCUUGUUUCCAUGUACCUCAAUGUCUGAGUUGUGUUAAUGUCUACAUAAGAAAUGAUGUGUGUAGGUUAAUAAGGAAAGUUAGUGAAAACAAACUUUUGACAUAUUGACACAUAAUAGGUGUUCUUGAGCACUGAUUAUCUUAAUAGUAGAGAUAUACGUUAUAUAUUCUGAUUGGAAUUUAGUGUAUUCAGUGUAUCUGUUGUAUAUCAAGUGUAUUUUGCAAACGAUUUCCUUCCUUCUGAAUUCAAACGUGAAACUUUAAACAGGCAUUUAGUGUUGGAUAUAAUGCACAUAGAAAGGGGUGAUUAGAAGGUAAUGCGUGUUGGAAAAUCAAAUUGCACUUGAUUUACAAUAGGUUUGGUUAUCUACAUGCUACACCCAAUUGUUGCACCUUCAGAUGUUCAGGUGCAGUAAUGAUGUCAAUUAACAGCAGAUUUUAAACAGAUUAUGUUUAUCAUGGUUGUUUUGAAUUGUCCCCCAACAAUAUAACACUACUUUGUAGGAGUGACUCCAUUAAACACUGAAACUUAACAUUUUGUUAUUCUUUAUAUCUGUCUUGCUUGGUAUCCUGUUGAAAAAGAACAUUUCUUUGUGUUUUAACAAAGGUAAUUUUUGCUCACCAGUCCAAAUAAACAACCUAUUCUCAUUUAAUGUUGAAAUAAAGUCUGAUUUUGUAAUAAAUACAAACUAUCAUAAUA